AUGCUCAAUCAAAGCAGCCUCAAUCUCUGCAGUAGACAGUCUGUGUCCAGAAACAUUGACCACAUCGUCCACUCUUCCCAAGAUCCAGUAGAAUCCAUCUUUAUCUCUGGCAGCUCCAUCUCCAGAGAACUCUUGGCCACUGACAGGGUCAAUGAUGGCCGGGUCGAUUCCAAAGAACGGCAACGAUGCAGAUCCAGGCUUUGUUGGGGUAACUCCGGCCAAAGGAGUGAUCAAAUGGGAGCCAGACUCGGUUUGCCAAUAAGUGUCGCAAAUAUGCGCUUUUCCUCUACCAAUGAAUGUGUUAUACCACUCCCAGACAUCUUUGGCAAUUGGUUCUCCAACAGAUCCCAGAACUCUCAACGAUUCAAGAGAAUAUGGCUCGAUGUAGGACUCGCCUGCCCUCUUGAGAAGUCUGAGCGCAGUUGGAGCAACGUAGAACUGAGUCACCUUGUACUUAUCAACGAUUUCCCAGUAACGUGA